AUGGUUGUUGGGGCUGUGGAAACACUGGUUGCUAGGUGGGGUCUCUUGUGCAGUGCUAUAAAAGCAUUGAGAACCCUCUUCUCUCUUACUCCUGACUGUGCCACCCGGAAAGUACUAUUUGUGAGGAAGAAGAAACUGUCAACAUGGCCAUGGUGUCAGAAUUUCUGAAACAAGCAUGGUUCAUGGACAACCAGGAGCAGGAAUGCAUUAAAAGUUCUAAAGGUGGACCCGGAGUACAGUCAUACCCUAACUUCGAUCCAUCAGCUGAUGUUGUUGCUUUGGACAAAGCUAUUACUGUAAAGGGUGUGGAUGAAGCCACCAUCAUUGACAUCCUGACUAAAAGAACAAAUGCUCAACGUCAGCAGAUCAAGGCUGCCUAUCAGCAGGCUAAAGGAAAGAGUCUGCAAGAAGCCUUGACAAAAGUUCUGAAAAGCCACCUGGAAGAUGUUGUUGUGGCUCUGCUUAAAACUCCAGUUCAAUUUGAUGCGGAAGAAUUAAGAGCCUCUAUGAAAGGGCUUGGAACUGAUGAAGAUACCUUAAUCGAGAUUCUGGCCUCAAGAAACAACAGAGAGAUCAGAGAAGCCAGCAGAUACUACAAAGAAGUGCUGAAGAGAGAUCUGACUCAAGACAUUAUCUCUGACACAUCUGGAGACUUUCAGAAGGCUUUGCUGGCUCUAGCCAAGGCUGACCGAAGUGAGGAUUGUCAUGUGAACGAUGAGCUUGCUGACAAUGAUGCCAGGGCCUUGUAUGAAGCAGGAGAGAAAAGGAAAGGAACAGAUAUUAAUGUGUUUGUUACAGUUCUUACCGCAAGAAGCUACCCACAUCUCCGAAGGGUCUUUCAGAAGUACACCAAAUACAGCAAGCAUGACAUGAACAAGGUACUGGAUUUGGAGCUGAAAGGUGAUAUUGAGAACUGCCUGACAGCCCUUGUAAAGUGUGCCACAAGCAAGCCAGCUUUCUUUGCUGAAAAACUGCACUUGGCGAUGAAGGGACUUGGGACACGGCACAAAGAGCUCAUCAGAAUCAUGGUUUCACGCCAUGAAGUGGAUAUGAAUGAGAUUAAAGGCUAUUACAAGAGGCUGUAUGGCAUUUCUCUCCGCCAAGCCAUUAUGGAUGAACUCAAAGGGGAUUAUGAAAACAUCCUGGUGGCUUUAUGUGGAAGUGAUAACUAAGUUUCAUGUUCCUGCAAUGAACUCAAGCCCUCUUGCUGAAGGUCUCUAUAUUGCCUCAGCUGUCUAUAUAAAAUACAGGCUUUACACAGUGAAGUUUUUCUGGAAUGGUACUUAGUCCACAUAUGUUAUGUCCAAAAGCGAUAGCCUGGAAUAACAUCAAUAUCUCUUGCUGAUAUUAUUUAUCCAAAGAAUACCUACAAGUUUCUAUUUGCUUGAUUAAUUCUGAAAAAGAUAAAGUUUUCAUCUAUGCUAAACAAAUAAACUUUUGAAAAGAAAAUUAA